UGCUCCGCGCUCACUGCAGCCGCCUUCGUCUCCCGCCUCCUCCUUCUCCUCCACCGCGGGCUCCGGCAGCUUUCUCGCCAGAGUCCUCGAACUCGGUUUCUUUUUCUCUUUCGCUGCAUCUCGGACCACCGGCGUGCCCCACCAUGUCAGACGUGGCAGUGGACACCAGCUCUGAGAUCACCACCAAGGACUUGAAGGAGAAGAAGGAAGUUGUGGAGGAGGCAGAAAAUGGAAGAGACGCACCUGCCAAUGGGAAUGCUAAUGACGAAAAUGGGGAGCAGGAGGAGGCUGACAAUGAGGUAGAUGAAGAAGAGGAAGAAGGUGGGGAGGAAGAGGAGGAGGAGGAAGAAGGUGACGGUGAGGAAGAGGAUGGAGAUGAAGAUGAGGAAGCUGAGGCUCCUACGGGCAAGCGGGUAGCUGAAGAUGAUGAGGAUGAUAAUGUUGACACCAAGAAGCAGAAGACUGAGGAGGAUGACUAGACAGCAAAAAGGAAAAGCUAAACUUAAGGCCACCGUGACCUAUUCACCCUCCACUUCCCGUCUCAGAAUUUAAACGUGGUCACCCUCGAGUAGAGAAGCAGGCCCCGCCCACCCCACAGCGGGCAGUGCCACCCACAGAUGACAUGCGCUCUCCACCACCCCACCAAAACCACGACAUGAAUUUGCAGCAGAGGAGGAAAAAAAAACAAAAAAACAAAACGUCCCAGGCCCUGCUUUUUUUCUUAAAAACACUUUAAAAGGAAAAUUUGUUUGUAUUUUUUAUUUACAUUUUAUAUUUUUGUACAUAUUAGGGGUCAGCCAUUUUUAAUGAUAACGGGUGACCAAACCAGCCUUCAGAGCGUUCUCUGUCCAACUUCUGACUUUACUUGUGGUGUGACUAUGUUCAUUAUAAUCUCAAAGGAGAAAAAAAAAACCUUGUUAAAAAAAAAAAAAGCAAAAA